AUAUGGGAGUCUUAUAACCCUUCCACUUUCUAUCCCUGAGAAUACUUUAUCUGAAAGCAUUUCCUACCUGUUAAUUUGCCCUCCAGUAAUAUCAAUGAAAGUGAUACUGUCACCUUGAGAUAUAGUCAGUUCAAAACAAUAAGUUCAAACUGUUUUUAGUUAUACAUGCCCACGAGUUUCCCUGCCAGUUUUUUGUGGUUUUAUAAUGUUUUUUGUCUUACCUGUUCCUGAAGUGAAAGACCCCCAGAAACAGAGAAAACUGACUAUGCACAAAAUGCUGUCAAAUGCGCACAAUAAAAAUCCUGAAAGAUUUGUUUCUGUAUUCUUUCAGUUAGAGCAAUCUUAUUUGUUACAUAUACUUAGUAAACAAAUAGACAAAUAUUCUGAUUUUUUAAAUUGAUGGUGUCCCUUACAUUUUUUAUUUUUAAAUAUUUUCAGAUUUCUGUCUUAAGGACAACCAGUGAGAUUACUUUAUGGCUUGUACCAUUACUCUUUUCUACAUUCUUAGCAAAGUUCUAAUGGCCCCGUGAAGAAAUCUAUGCGUGAGAAGGCUGUGGAGCGGAGAAACGUUAAUAAAGAACACAACAGUAACUUUAAGGCUGGAUAUAUCCCAAUUGAUGAAGACCGUCUCCAUAAAACAGGCUUACGAGGCAGGAAAGGCAACUUGGCUAUUUGUGUGAUUGUUCUUCUUUUUAUUUUAGCUGUCAUCAAUUUGAUUAUCACACUUGUCAUCUGGGCUGUGAUUCGUAUUGGGCCCAAUGGUUGUGACAGCAUGGAGUUUCAUGAGAGCGGCUUACUGCGAUUUAAACAAGUAUCCGACAUGGGAGUUAUACAUCCAUUAUAUAAAAGUACAGUAGGAGGGAGGCGUAAUGAAGAUUUGGUUAUCACUGGAAAUAACCAGCCUAUUGUAUUUCAGCAAGGAACAACAAAACUUAGUGUUGAAAAGGACAAAACCUCCAUUACCAGUGAUAUUGGUAUGGAAUUUAUUGACCCAAGGACACAAAAUACUUUGUUCAGCACAGACUAUGAGACUCAUGAGUUUCAUUUGCCAAAUGGAGUGAAAAUUUUGAAUGUACAGAAGGCAUCUACAGAGAGGAUUACCAGCAAUGCUACCAGUGACCUAAAUAUAAAGGUUGACGGACGUGCCAUUGUUCGUGGAAAUGAAGGUGUUUUCAUCAUGGGCAAAACCAUUGAGUUUCGCAUGGGUGGUGAUAUGGAACUAAAGGCAGAAAACAGCAUUAUCUUAAAUGGAACUGUGAUGCUCAGCACGUCUCGACUGCCAAGUUCUUAUGGGGAAAAGUUUAAUAAUGUUGACUGGCUGCGCUAUAAGCUCUGUAUGUGUGCAGAUGGAACUCUAUUUCGAGUUGAAGUAAAGACCCGCAACAUGGGUUGUCAAACCGCAGUCAACCCGUGUGGAACCACAGACUAAAUGCAAAGUACUGGGAUCAGAGCAAUCAUGAGAGUUCAUUUACGUUUUUACAUUUGUGUGUAUAAAACAAUUGCAUGCCAAUUAUUUCUGUUUUUACAACAGUUUAUUAUAAUAUUUAUUACAUAACAUUUUUAGCACAGCAGUAUUAGGUCUGUUGCAUAAUUUCAGUAUUUACAAUAGAGUAUUUACCAAAAUAAUGGGUCUGAUUUAGCAAGAUACUUAAGCACAUGCUUCAACACGCACACUUGUCAAGUACCUUGCUGAAUUGAGGCCAGUAAGAGAGAUUUACUGGGGGACUGAUCCUAUAAGAUACUGAGCACCUCCUUGCCUCUGAAGUGCUGUUUUACGUCCUCUCACCUCAGGACUCUGAGAAGUUGCUGGAAUCUGCAUGGAGUGAGGUGUAGAGUUGGGAGGAUGCACAUUGUUCCACCUUUGGCUCUGCAGAGAUUCCUUGGAAAAAGCAAUACAGUUUGCAGCUCUGUUACUUGUUCCAUAGAGCCUCUUUUUUGUUGUGCAGAUCAUUCUUUAAGAAGCGGACUUUGGGAUAACAGUGGUAAGAGGGACUCUCUGGCAACAUGGAGUCAUGCUUUGUGGCAGUGGUAGGAAACCAACCACAAAGGAAUAAUUGGGCUUUCCAGUUCUUUAGAGAUAAACCCUACAGGAAGGGGCCAAAAGGCAAUCUGGCUUCUUUUAUAUAGAUGUGUUAUGUGCUGAUUUUCAGCCCACCCUCAGCCAGACCUUCAUGAUUGCAACAGUAAUUAUUUAGAGUGCAGCAAAGGUCAGUCAUCUAAAUAACUGCUUUGUAGCGACAAUCUGUACCCGACAUCCAAGUAACCAUUUCUUCAUCUCCAAAUAGCCAUACUCACACUUCGGAUGCAAAAACAAAGGCUAGCUUUCAAAACUGUAGCCCUGUAAAUGCAGUGAAAUCUUUAUUCAAAUAGAUUCAGUUUUUAUUUGCAGUUGAUGCAUAUUGACUAUUGGAAUCUAAUAUGAACUCUUGACAAUUUUCUUUUGAUUAUUUUCAAUUAAUUAGAGACAAGCAUACGCUGACUUAUUUGAUCCUUAAGACAUUAAGAAAAAUCUGUGCCCAACAUUUUAGGCAGAACUGGGACAGUCAAUUAUUGUACUGUAUCUGCUUUGAUAUUUAGAAGCUUGUAUUCUACUUUGAAAACCCAUUUUUUAUUUUUUUUAUUUUUGGAGGGUAGCAAAACAGCAUGUAUUCAAAUACUUGAUCAUGUAGUAGUAAAUAUAAAAUGAAUGCAGAAAGCUGAACAAUAACUAUUCACAUAGAUAGAAACAAAAGUAACAAAUUCUUAAUGGGAAUCAAAGGAUAAUACAUUUUCUGGUUUCAGAGCACAUCUAUAAUUUGACUCAGUAAAGAUGGCAGCUGCUGCCCAACUGUUAAGAUAUGUAUUUUUUUUCUUUAGGAGAAUAAGUUGCUUCUUUGUAAGGAUGUGCCAUACUUUAUUCAACCAGAAGCUUAGAGAAGAAAUUGGGAAUUAAACUUUUAGGAAGCAAUAGAAAGCCAUUAAGUAGCUAUAAAAAAAAAUUGUGGAUGGAAUCAAUUCUGCUACUGGGAAUAGCAGUAUCAAUAGCAGGCCAAUGGAUGUAGAUGUAUGGGGAAAUCCCAUAUCAUACUAGCUUGCAUUUUGACCAUUUCCCAAAACAUUUAUGUGAUAUGCAGUCCUACCAUACGUGAAUGAAAGCACCUACAACAGAAUCCUAUUUAAUUUCCAAUUGCUUCUGCUAUGCAUUUCAAUGUCUGUUUUUUAAAAAAAUAAAAAUUCUCUAGAUUCAGAAUUAUCGUGGAAAUGUAUUUCCAUACAUCAACAUUAGUUCACAGUUAUUGUUUCAGCAGAAUUAUUCAUUUUUUUCAUGUUUGAAAUGUUUAGUUGGCAAUACUGAUAUUUGAAAUUUAUCAGAAGUAUUUCUUGAACUCCCAGCAUUUUAAUAUAUAAGUACCAGCCUAGUUAUGCUACAUUUUUAAAUUAUAUAAGGUAUUUAUAAUAUAUUUUAUUUAUGUUGCUGAAGUGAGGUGUUUCAAAGGUGUAUUGAUAUUAGCUUUCCUCUACUAUAUUAGGGGAACACAGUUUUUUCCUGGGUACCUUCAUAAAAGAUAUUCUAUGGUAUUCUACAGGUGAGGAUUCAAAACACUGUAAUAACACUACUGUAGGCCAUAGUGAUUGAGACCAUUACUUUUCUAAAUUAAAAAAAAAAAGUGUAGCUAUUUACAAUGACUAGAAAUAUAAAUUUGUUACUAAGUAAACUGGUAUUUAAAUUCUAAAAUGUUCUGUAGUUCUAAACAUGACAGUAAUCUAGGUCCCAAUUCUGCACUGUAUGGAAGCAUCUGCCUAAAUUUAACAUCAAUAGAAUAAAUACAUGCUUAAAAGUUAUGCAAGUUCUUGUGUAUCGUGAUGAAUUGGGGUCUUAAUGAAACCUUUACACUUUGAGAAUGAUGGCAGCUUUUAUUAAAACCCUCUUAACUGUUUCUGGAGAGAGAAUAAUGUAUUACAAUGUAAAAACUAAACUUGCUAAUUAUAAGGCUUUUAUACUUAUUACCGUUAGUUAGGAAUAGUGUUGUUUUCUAAUAGCCACUAGUGAUCUUAAUAAUGGAGGCCAUGUAAGUGAUUUCCUGUGAAUGGUUAUUAACAGGCUGUACUAGACAAUAAAUUUCUAGUACUAAUAGGUUUACAAAUGUUACACAUUAACUUCCCCACUGAAUGUGGUACUUAUGAAAAGAUAAAUAAAGUCUAAUCUAGUUUUA